CUCCUUCAUGCAUCAAUAUGCGAUCCUCACCGCCAACAACGUCUUGCAAGCUGAAGCUUCAGCAACUAUCCUCCUGACUAUGAUGCUGUUUAAACGGCUCUUCUCGACGGCGCGGGUGCUGCAGCAUGAUAACCCUUUGGGCCUCCCUCGCUCCGGAACCCCGCCGUCUUUCCCUCGCCGGCGCGGCCUGCCCGAGAAGCGCAAGAUCCGGGACGUGAAGAAAGUGAUAGCGGUCUCGUCGGCGAAGGGAGGGGUGGGGAAGUCCACGAUAGCCGUGAAUCUCGCCCUCGCAUUCGCGCGCCGCGGCAUCCGCACCGGCAUCCUGGACACAGACAUCUUCGGGCCCUCGAUCCCGACACUGCUGAAUCUGAGUGGGGAGCCGCGGUUGGAUGAGAAUAACUGCCUCAUUCCCCUAACCAACUACGGCCUCAAAUCCAUGUCAAUGGGUUACCUUCUCCCCAGCGCCCAGCAAACCCAAUCAGACCACCCCGACCACCCCGACCAACCAAUCCCCAUGGACCCUACCCCCAUCUCCUGGCGCGGGCUGAUGGUCACCAAAGCCAUGCACCAACUCCUCCACAGCGUCAGCUGGGGCCCCCUCGAUGUCCUCUUCCUCGACCUCCCGCCCGGCACCGGCGACGUGCAGCUCACGAUCAACCAAGAGAUUGUGCUCGACGGAGCGGUAAUCGUGACCACGCCGCAGGAUAUCGCGCUGCGGGACGCGGUGCGCGGCAUCGGGAUGUUCCAGCGCAUGAACGUGCCUGUGCUGGGCAUGGUGCGCAAUAUGGCGUAUUUCAAUUGUCCGAGUUGCGGGACCUCCACCGAGAUCUUCGGGCAUGGGCAUAAGCAUCUGCAAGGUAGGGAGGAGGAGUGGGGGGUGCAGGCGGAGUGUCGGCGCCUCGGGGUGGAGUUCUUGGGGGAUGUGCCGUUGGACGCGGCUGUUUGUCGCGAUGCGGAUCGCGGGGUGCCGACUGUGGUUGCCGAGGAGGGCACCCCCGAGAGUAAGAGGAGGGAGGCGUUUGUGGGGAUUGCGGAGGAGGUGGCGAGGAGGGUCGGGGUUCAGUGGUAGAGGGUCUACUUAUA